AUGCAAUAUCGAUUUGUUUAUUUAUUACUUUUGCUUGGGAUUUGUGUUCAUCAUACUGUUGAAUGGGAUCUUUUACUCAAUGUCGACGACGAUGACAAACUUUUGUGUCAUGCGUGUAAAGGUAAAGCAUGCGCAGAGACGACAAAUGACGAUCAAACGAAGGUACUUUGUAAUAAAAGAACACAACUUUGUUGGGCUGGUUAUGUGGAUGAACAACCGUAUCGCACAUGUGCUAGCCGAUAUUGUACACCAAGUGACUUUUCACUUGAUAGCGACGUCCGCAUUGAACUAUGUUGUCGCACAAAUUUAUGUAAUUCAAUUUCUCUGUCUAAAUCAAUGUUUAAUAUACCAUUAUAUUCAAGAAUGGUCCUGCCUUCUAUUACCGAGAGUUCGAAGACUACUACGACUGCUACUACUGAAUCGAUCACCACACUAACUACGACAACUAACCAAAUGAAUGCGACAAAAGCAGCACCAGAUUAUUUUAUCGGUGAGGAGAGAGCCGUAGAAGAAGACGACGACGACGACGAACUGGUACCUGCCUUGGAUGUCAGUGAUUUGAACAGUCACGAAGAAAUCAAUCGGCAGUUGCCUUCAUUAUCGGCGAAUAAAAAAAUUACAUGGGAGUAUUUACCACAGGAUAAGAACUACAACAAUGGCGUGGCAUCAAUCAGUAAUCUCGUGCUUUUUCUAAUUCCACUCCUAUUCGUUUUACUUUUCUAA